AUGUCAGACACUGCUCCCCCAGCCGGCGCAUUGUCGAGCGGUGACGCCUUUCACCACACAUACGACGCACGAAGUCCACCCGCACGCCCGAGCGAGCAUCAUGUCCGUUUCGUGGUGAUCUCGGACACACACAGCACUGAGCCGAGCGACGUGCCCGAUGGAGACGUGCUGCUCCAUUGCGGCGAUCUAACCGACAUCGGCGGCACCGAGGCGUUUGAGCGGCAGAUCGCGUGGCUGCGCUCUCUGCCGCACCCACGCAAGAUCAUCAUCGCCGGCAAUCACGACCACGCCGCAGACAACAGCACCGGGUGGUAUGAGCGAGAGGGCUACAAGAUUCACGAGGAGUACAGCCAGCCCCGUGCCGACCCGGCGAGAGUCAGACAGCUGCUGCAGGACCGCAGCGGCGGCCUGCGCUACCUCGAAGACGAGGCGCUCGAGCUCACUGUUGAUCGCGACGGCGUCCGGGACAAGUGCUGGCGCAUCUAUGGCAGUCCGUGGACGCCUGUCUUCGGCAGCUGGGCGUGGAACUACGAGCGCGGCGCAGAGCACGCUUCGGCCAUCCCAAGCAACACGGACAUCCUCAUGACCCACGGCCCGCCACAUGGCUACGGCGGGCUCGAUGUGGUCCACUCGGGUGCGAACGUGGGGUGCGAGGCGGUCACCCAGCGGCUCGAGGCUGGCGAGAUCCGCCCGCGGCUGCACGCCUUCGGGCACAUCCACGAGGCGCGGGGAGUGUCCCGCCACGAAUGGAGCAGCGAGCACAGCACCAUCUUCGCCAACGCCGCGAUUGCCGACAUCGACAUGGGUGCCUUCCGCGAGCGAGUAUUCCGCUACCGGGUCCGACACAGGUGA